AUGGCAAUGCGAACGGGAGUAUUGGCGCUGCGGACGCUGCGCCAGAGCGGCCAGAUGCCAUCUUUGGCUUCAUCUAGCUAUCGGAUGUUGUCUACGCACGUCUCCGUUAUCGGUUUACACUGGAAGACCGACGAGACCCGGUUGCGGCAGGUGUUUGCGAACUACGGAACGUUAGAGGAGGCCAUGCUGGUGACGCCUGAUCAUUCUUCCAUGCAUCUAUGGGCGUCCCUGGUGUAUUCGACUUUCGACGAGGCGCUGGAGGCGACGAGUGAGAUGAACGGUCAGGAAUUAGACGGCCGUCUCCUCCGAGUGAGCAUUGUGGAUCCGCCUACGUUAGGCGAGUAA